CCUUCCCGGUGCCUGCCCAGUUGCUGUUGGCGUCGCAAUCGGCUGCUUCCCACGGACACCGACCAUGGACAAGACGAUGGAAGAUCCCCCCACAUCUGCCGUCUUGCUGGACCACUGCCAUUUCUCUCAGGUCAUCUUUAACAGUGUGGAGAAAUUCUAUGUCCCCGGUGGGGACAUCACGUGCUACUACACCCUCACCCAGCAUUUCGUCCCCCGGCGCAAGGAUUGGAUUGGCAUCUUCAGAGUAGGAUGGAAGACAACCCGUGAGUACUACACCUUCAUGUGGGUCCCUGUGCCAGUUGAGCUACCCAAGGAGUCAAACAAACAGCAGGAAGUGCAGUUCAAAGCUUACUACCUGCCCAAGGAUGACGAAUAUUACCAGUUCUGCUACGUGGAUCAGGAUGGUGUCAUCCGGGGAGCAAGUAUUCCUUUCCAGUUCCGCCCGGAAAACGAGGAGGAUAUCCUGGUUGUUACCCCUCAGGGACAGGUGGAAGAGAUUGAGCAGCACAAUAAGGAACUUUACAAAGAGAACCAGGCAUUGCAGGACAGCUGUGCCAGUCUCCAGAAGCAGAACACGGAGCUGCAGGCUGAGCUCCAGAGGAAGCAGGAGGAACUGGAAACCCUACAGAGCAUCAAUGAGAAGUUGGAACAGAAAGUGCGAGAGCAGGAUUGCUGGAAGACAAAGAUGCUACAGCUGAAAGAGCACAGCCAGAAGCUGUCCUCAGAAAAGGACAAGAUGAGCAUCCUAGUGGAUCAGCUUCAGGCCCAGCUCUCAGCUCAAGAGAAAGAGAUGGAGAAGCUCAUUCAGGGAGACCAAGAUAAAACAGAACUGCUGGAGCAGAUGAAAAAGGAAAAGGACCAGCUCUUUCUCAGUUUAAGCGAACAGAUGGAGCAGCAGAAGCAACUCGAGCACACGGUGGAGGAGUUGAAGGCAAAAGAAUCCAGAGUGACCAGGAAACAGGAGGAGCUAACGGAAGAGAACUUUGACCUCCUAAGAAGACUUAGUGAUGACAGGAUUCUGUGUGACGCUCUGCAGAGAGAGAAAGAGAACCUGGAAAGAGAAAAUGAGCACCUGAAGGAGGAGAAUAGGCGAUUGAUGACUUACAUGGGUCUGGAUUCGGACUCUCUGGCCUAUCAAGUACCUCCUUCACAUCAACGAGGUGCGGGACAAAACACAGGACUUGUCUUUGGAAACCCCUAUUCUGGUAUCCAAGAAAGUUCUUCUGCAGGCCUGUUCUCCGACAAGAAGUGCUCCACCUUCAAAUCAGACCUCAUGGGCGACACCUGCGAUCAUACCCUGGAGCAGCACCUGCUGACCCGCAGUCUGAGGUGUCCAGUUUGUAGCAAGAUCUUCCCAGCAAGAGAAAAGCAGAUCUUCGAAGACCAUGUGUUAUGCCACUCUCUAUAGGUGUCCCAGCCUCGUGGAUCUAUGCUAUACAUAGAUUUAUAUGCAUAGGGUUUAUAGGGUAGGGUUCUAUGUGUCAAGAUCCUGCCUAACCUGAAACUGUCAGGGAUUUACUCGGUCCGACUGCCCCUAGUGGUGGGAUCACGUCGGUCACCUGAAGGGGGAGUACUAGGGGCUUCUACUUCCAUCCCCACAGGAACCUCUAAGUCAGACAGCUCUAGCCGUGCCAGCCUCUCACCCAUAGUGCCCGUUCUUGAAGGGUCUCAGUACAAGAGCCUGCGAGCAGAACUCUACCUGCUGUUCAUGAGUCUUUACCUGAUACUGAUUGGAUCAUUCCCCCAAGUUGUCCCACUGUCACUCCAGGGCAGGCCUCAGCCCUAACCCUGGGCAGCUUCUCCUCCUCCUCCUCCGGCCUCCUUCUCCAGUUGAUUUUGCACUAGACUAACAAAACAGGGCACAGCCUGGAUACUGAACACAGGCUCCUCGUCUGAAUUUCUCAGCUCUUGGAAGAGGCCUAUUCCUGAACCUUGGACGAGAAUUAUUACUCCAAUCACAGAAGACCUCCUUUCUUUCUAGAUACCUCCGAAUGACACUUUCUGAUCUGGUCUUUUCUAUGCACUACACAUAGCUUUCUUUGUUGUAAGUCCUUUUUUAAUGAUUGGUUGGCAUUAUGAACCAUAUGGACUUAUAACUUUUUGAGCAGGUGAGUUUGGAGAUGGUUGUUAAAAUAAUGAGACAAGCAUUGUUAAUGCUAAAAAUAAAUUACUCCUCUAUUUUAGGGACUAAAUGACUCGAA